GGAAGUCUACAGCUGGCAGGCAGGCUGUCUAAUCCAGGUCCCCGAACCCUGAUGUGGGCAGGGGGGCACCCACCGACCUAGGUCCCUCCAGGUGGUCCCCACCUCCCUCCAGGGAUCCCUGUUCCCUGCCCUGGCAAGUGCCGCCUCCCCCUCCCCCAACCACCCGGCAGUUGGCGAGUAUUAAAAUUCGGGAGUUCUGUAAAGCCCAAAGAGAGAAAAUCCAGCUGGUGUGGGUUCCCCCACCGAUCCAUUUGAAGUGGGUGGUUUGGUGUGGCGGGGAAGGAUUCAUUCAUAGGCUUCCCAUACCAUAUAAAGGCAUACGUGAUUUUCCAGGAGCAAUAACGUCUUCAGAAUGAGCUGGCCACCUUCUCUUCAGAUGCAGACUUGUGGGCCCUGGGAAAUGAAAGAACGGCUUGGAACUGGGGGAUUUGGAAACGUCAUCCGGUGGCACAAUGAGGAAACGGGAGAGCAGAUCGCCAUCAAACAGUGUCGACAGGAGCUAAGUCUUCGGAAUCGAGAGAGGUGGUGCCUAGAAAUACAGAUCAUGAGAAGACUGAACCAUCCCAAUGUCGUGGCUGCCCGGGAUGUCCCUGAAGGGAUGCAGAAGCUGGCGCCCAAUGACCUUCCCCUGCUGGCUAUGGAAUAUUGCCAGGGUGGAGACCUCCGAAAGUACCUGAACCAGUUUGAGAACUGCUGUGGCCUUCGGGAAGAAGCCGUCCUCACUCUGCUUUCUGACAUUGCCUCAGCACUUAGAUACCUUCAUGAAAACCGAAUCAUCCAUCGGGACCUGAAGCCUGAGAAUAUUGUCCUGCAACAAGGAGAGAAAAGGUUAAUACACAAGAUCAUUGACCUAGGGUAUGCUAAAGAGCUGGAUCAAGGCAGUCUUUGCACUUCUUUUGUGGGGACGCUGCAGUAUCUGGCUCCGGAGCUGUUAGAACAACAGAAGUACACGGUCACAGUGGACUACUGGAGCUUUGGGACCCUGGCCUUUGAGUGCAUCACGGGGUUUAGGCCAUUCCUUCCCAACUGGCAGCCAGUACAAUGGCAUUCAAAAGUCCGACAGAAGAGUGAACUAGACAUCGUUGUUAGUGAAGACUUGGCUGGAGGAGUGAAGUUCUCAAGCAGUUUACCCUACCCUAAUAACCUUAACAGUAUUCUAGUACAGCGACUAGAAAAGUGGCUGCAAUUAAUGUUAAUGUGGCAGCCCCGACAGAGGGGCACGGACCCCUCUUACGGCCCGAAUGGCUGCUUCAAAGCGCUGGAUGACAUCUUGAACCUAAAGCUAGUUCACAUCUUGAAUAUGGUAACUGGCACCAUGCAUACCUAUCCCAUCCUGGAGAAGGAAAGUUUGCAGAGCUUGAAGGUGAGGAUCCAGGCCGACACGGGCAUCCCAGAGGAGGACCAGGAGCUGUUGCAGGAGGCCGGCCUGGCUUUGUUCUCUGACAAACCAGCCACGCAGUGUAUUGUGGAUGGCAAGCUAAAUGAUGACCGAAUAUUGGACAUGGAUCUCAUUUUUCUCUUUGACAACAGAAAAAUCACCUAUGAGACUCAGAUCUCCCCAAGGCCCCCACCAGAAAGCGUCAGCUGUAUCCUUCAAGAGCCCAAGAGGAAUCUCCCUUUUUUCCAGCUGAGGAAAGUGUGGGGUCAGGUGUGGCACACGAUCCGGACCCUGAAGGAAGACUGUAGCCAGCUGCAGCAAGGCCAGAGAGCUGCUAUGAUGAACCUCCUUCGAAAUAACAGCAGCCUCUCCAAGAUGAAGAACUUAAUGGCAUCCAUGUCUCAGCAGCUGAAGGCUAAGCUGGAUUUCUUUAAAACCAGCAUCCAGAUUGACCUGGAGAAAUACAGCGAGCAGACUGAGUUUGGGAUCACGUCAGAUAAACUGCUGCUGGCCUGGCGAGAGAUGGAGCAGGCCGUGGAGCUCUGCGGGCGGGAGACAGAUGUGAAACAUCUGGUGGAACAGAUGAUGGCUCUGCAGACGGACAUUGUGGACCUACAGAGGAGCCCAAUGAGUCGGAAACAAGGGGGAACUUUGGAUGAUCUAGAAGAACAAGCAAGAGAGCUUUAUCGGCGAUUACGGGAAAAACCAAGAGACCAGCGAACUGAUGGCGACAGUCAGGAAAUGGUACGGCUACUCCUUCAGGCCAUCCAGAGCUUCGAGAAGAAAGUACGAGCCAUUUAUAUGCAGCUCAGUAAGACUAUGGUUUGCAAGCAGAAGGCCCUGGAAUUGUUACCUCAAGUGGAAGAAGUGGUAAACUUAAUGAAUGAAGAUGAGAAGACAGUCGUGCAGCUUCAGGAGAAAAGACAAAAGGAACUGUGGAAUCUGCUGAAGAUAGCUUGUAGUAAGGUACGAGGUCCGGUGAGUGGGAGUCCAGAUAGCAUGAAUGCAUCUCGUCUUAGCAAUCCUUCCCAGUUGUUAUCUCAGCCUCCCGCAGCUCCCUACAGCUUACCUGAGUCAAUCAAGAAAAGUGAAGAAUUGGUAAUGGAAACACAGGCCCUCUGCACCCAGUUACAAAGUGUAAUGGAGGACACCAUGAAAAAGCAGGAUCAGAGUUUUAUGACCCUGGACUGGACGUGGUUACAUUCUGAGGAUGAAGACCCCAGCAGCGGGGAGCAGACACAGAUCUGAACGUCUGGUGCCGCUUGGAUGGACUUAGCCAAGUGAUCUGCUGAGGGGUGCCUCUCUCCAGGGCUUUUCCGAUCCCUGGUGUGAGGGUGAUCGCCUGAGCCAAGAGUGCCAUCUGGACAGGGAGCUCACAUCCCCCUGCCGUCGUGGGCCCCGGCGGUUACACUUUGGGCCUGGGCAGGAGAGCUGAAACACCCUCGUGACAGAGGCCAUGCCAAGCAGAACUUCCCCGGUGCCAGGCCACAAGUUUUCGAGCUGAUCCUGUCUGUGCCCUGGGAAAGUACUCCCAAGGAUGAGCGCCUCCACAGUGGGAGAGGCUUGGCUGCCUUCUGGGUUAGCGCAGCCUCUUGGGGGAUCCUAAGUGAGCGUUCAUCUUUUCUGGGUGUCUUGGGGAUUGCCUGUCACGGCUCUACCUGUUCCACACACACAUAUCCAGGAAUAUGUUGGAGCCAGCUCUAACCAGCUUGUGAGAGAUUGUUAAAUUUUCAGCGUGAGAAUUUAUGCCCGGAGAUUGGCAUUCGCUCCAGUCAGGGCUUAAUUAUUGUUUUGUUGAUUGUCUAGACUUAAGAAAGUGUUAAUAAUGCGGAUUAAAAGUGUGAGUGUCUACACCUCUCCACACGCUACCCCCAGCCCUGUUGUUAAACAUUUACCAGCAGGCCCCUGGCCUUGAGUCCCUUUCCAAGUACUGUUCUGCGGUCUAAAAGCUAAGUACGUGAUCUGGACUCACACAGGUCUUUGUACUUUUGAACAAAACCUCCUUCAUUUCCUCCUUCUCUCCCUCUGAGUUACUGGUAUUAAUUUAUGCCUGACUUACUAUUUUGUCCAUCCCUAACAAAACCUGAGGGCCUAAGCAUACCAAAGUGAUGCUCUUAUGAUCAUCUUUUCAGCUUAGCCUUAGUUUACUAUAGUUGGAAACUUAGAAGUAGCCACUGCUGGAAAUUCUUUUGCCUGGAGGCCAGUGCCAUGAACCUGAAGGAGGCAGGCAUAGAACUAGGGUGGGUUGGGGCAGCUAGGUGGUGCAGUGGAUAAAGCACCAGCCCCGAAGUCAAGAUGAACCUGAGUUCAAAUCCGGCCU